CGCGCUCCCGUCUCUCUCUCUGACAGUCCGCCUGCUCUCUCUCACGUGUUUUCUGUGUAUAAAAGGGUCUAGUUCUCGGCUCAUCAUGUCCAGUGUGUCACCAGACAAGCGACGAAAAAUGGAGUCGGCGCUCAACCAGCUAAAGAAACACACUGUGGUGGUUGCAGACACUGGGGAUUUUAACGCAAUUGAUGAGUACAAGCCUCAAGAUGCCACCACAAACCCAUCUCUUAUCCUGGCCGCUGCUAAGAUGCCAGCGUACCAGCAGCUGUUGGAUCAGGCCAUUAAAUAUGGCAUCGCAAAAGGCGGAACUGAAGAGGAGCAGGUAGCCAACACCAUGGACAAGCUGUUUGUGAGUUUUGGACUGGAGAUCCUCAAGAAAGUCCCAGGCAGAGUCUCUACUGAGGUGGAUGCCAGACUGUCUUUCGAUAAAGAUGAAAUGGUCGCCAAGGCCUUGAGGCUCAUCGCUCUUUACAAAGAAGCAGGCAUCAGCAAGGAUCGUGUGCUCAUCAAGUUGUCUUCAACAUGGGAAGGAAUCCAGGCUGGCAAGGAGCUGGAGGAAAAGCACGGCAUCCACUGCAACAUGACCCUGCUGUUCUCCUUUGCUCAGGCUGUGGCCUGUGCAGAAGCAAAGGUAACACUCAUCUCGCCCUUCGUCGGACGCAUCCUGGACUGGUACAAGGAGAAUACAGACCGCAAAAGCUUUGAGCCGCACGAAGACCCAGGUGUCUUGAGUGUCACCAAGAUUUAUAACUACUACAAGAAGUAUGGCUACAGCACUGUGGUGAUGGGCGCCUCCUUCAGGAACACGGGUCAAGUGAAAGCGCUGGCAGGCUGCGAUCUGCUCACCAUCUCCCCUGGGCUGCUCGCCGAGCUCAGCCAGGACCACAGCACUGUCACAGAGAUGCUCAGUGCAGAGAAAGCCAAGAUCUGUGAUCUGGAGAAGAUCCACCUCGAUGAGAAGGCUUUCCGCUGGGAGCACAACGAGGACCGCAUGGCUGUGGAGAAACUGUCUGACGGCAUCCGCAAGUUUGCUGCCGACGCCAUCAAGCUGGAGGCCAUGAUUAAAGAGAAAAUGCUGAACGUGAAAAACGGCCAGUAAUGGACAGAUUUGGCGUCUCCUGCUCCAUUGACAGGAGUGUGAGUUAGGAGGCUGCUUUACUUUUCACCAGAGAGAAGGUCGAGAGCACCAGGAGGCCUUCCCUCUCAUCUGACCAAACUUCAAGUUCCUCCCUCCUGAAUGGACUCCUUUUCCUAUCUUUGGCUGGGACUGACUCUGUUUGUUUUCUGAUCAAACAUACAUGCUUAAUGCUAAUGUUGGUGUGGGGUGGUUGUGUAUUAGUCUAAUAUUUAAUGGGAAUUUGACCAGAAAGGAAAGACAUUACAGAAAAAAAAAACUGUCUUAUUGAGUCUUGUAAAUCAUAUUAUGUCACUACUACAAAGGACCAUGAGCACUUUUUGGUGAGAAAAGACCACAAUUUUGCUAUUAACAUCGUUUGUAUGAGGUUGAGAGACUGUUGUAUCAUUCCUCAGAAUUUAACAUUUUGCUCUUUAAAUAAAAAUCUCAGUCGUUA